UCAAAAAAAAUAAUUUAAAAGUAUCUUUGAAAAAUUGGUUUUUUUCAAGAUAAAAUGAAAACAUUAACAAUAAAAAGUGCUCCAAACAAAUACGGAUUUUGGGAGAGAGGAUCCGGAUCCAUGUGAGGGACUAUUGGGAAAUAAGCUUAGUAAAAUGGAAAUACAGGGGAAGGGCAAUUUUAGAAUUCUAAGAUCAAGCUUCGAAUCUCCUACUGUUUAAGUGGAAGUCCAACGGUUUAGGUGGAUCGGCUAGCUUCCCCUAGUUUGGCUUGUAAGAGUGGAUUCUAAGAAUCCUGCCUUGAGGGUGUUCUGAAUAUCAAAAAAAAUAAAAAAAUAAAAAAAUUCUAAGACUAGUACCUCUGGCAUUAUAUAUAAAAUUGAAUUCUGAACAUAGAAACUGUAGUGUAUUACACAAAUAAAAGUAUAUAAACUUUGUUUGGUUGAGAAGAAAGAACAGCAGGAAAAGAGAAAAAAAGACUUGGAGAGAAUCAGAAUUACUUACAGCUGCCUGCAAUGGCUGCCCGAUUCGCCUUCUUCGUUGUAGCCUCUGCAUUGUUGCUUCUCCACUGCUUUGCCAAUUCUACCGACCUAGAUCUGGAGGAGCUUGGAACAGCUCCUGUGUUCAGUUAUUCUGGCAACACCGGCCCUGACAAAUGGGGAAGCUUGAGCCCUCUUUACGCGACAUGCUCGAAUGGAAAAGCGCAGUCUCCAAUUGACAUUGUAAAGAACAAAGUUGUUCGUAAUAAAAACUUGAAGCCCUUAAGAAGAGAAUAUUAUCCUGCAAACGCUACAUUGGUUAACCAUGGCUACAACGUUGGGCUGGUAUUUGGAAAUGCUGGAGUCUUGAUUUUAAAUGGCAAGAACUACACCUUGCUUCAAAUGCACUGGCAUUCUCCUUCUGAGCACAAAAUCCAUGGUGUCACAUUUGAUGUAGAGCUUCAUCUAGUCCACAUGGCUAGUGAUGGAAGCCUCGCAGUUAUAGCCAUCCUUUAUAAAAUUGGUGAUGCUGAUCCUAUUAUUGCCAAGAUCCAAAGUAAAUUAGCUGAGCUAGCUAAGGAGGUGUUUACAAAUCAAGAUCAAAUCGCCGUUGGGACCUAUGACACCUGGAAAUUGAGGCGAAAUACACGCAAGUAUUAUAGAUAUAUUGGUUCUCUCACUACUCCUCCGUGCACUGAGAAUGUUAUCUGGCACAUCUUUGGCAAGGAGAGAUCAAUAUCUAAAGAACAGAUAGAAGCUUUGAAGGCUCCUGUGAAAGCAACAUGCAAGAAAAAUAGUAGGCCUGUGCAACCAUUGAAUGGGAGACAAGUUGAGCUAUUUGAUGAGUUUAGCUAAGCACAAGCUGUUAUGAAUUAGAAACAGUUCAGUGUUGUCUUGAGUUAAAAUCUAUGGCUUAAUCUAAUAUGUUUACUAAUCUAUAUAUCUCUUCUAUUGCAGCAAAUGUUUUGAGUUUUUCAAUUAUUUAUUUAUUUGUUUA